CCGUCCUUUUAUACUCGGACACAGCGGCACACGUUUAGCCGCACGUAGGGUUUCGUGGCAGACACGUUUUAUUAGCUACUCGCAAACAGUGGACGGCCGGAAGCUGCGCGAUUAGCUGCGGUUAUUUACGAUUAGCUAACGCUAGCUAGCCGCGCUGCUUCUAGCCUGGGGCGCAGAGAUCACUCCUAUCGUUGGACGUGACUCCGAGCUGCUCUGUCAUACAGUUUCAUGCUAUUAUGCAGCAUGACACCACCACGUCCCUGACAUCUGCUGCUGAAACUUCUCAGCAAAACUUUGUGGAAACGCUGCCAACAGAGAUGAGCGUGAAGAUCUUUGGUGAGCUGGAUCCAGGGAGUCUGUGCAGUGCCUCACGGACUUGCAGGCUGUGGCAUCACGUCAUCGAAGAGACCGAGCAGCUGUGGAGGAGGCAGUGUCUGCUGGUCCGAACCGUGUGUCAGAAGGAGGUCGACAGCGACCGGGGACACGGGCUGUCCUGGAAGGUGACGUUAGUGAGGAACUACACUCGCAGCUGUUUAAAGAGAGACUGGCUGAGAGGACGAUACAGCCAUGUGAACUCAGCAGAGGAGCUGAGUGGCAGGAGAAUGGCGCCGUUGGACGUCGAGACAUGGGGAGAAAUCCUGCAGGCUGAGCUGGACAGAUGAAUGUACAGACUUUUAUGCCAAGCACCUUGAGCACCACACUCUGCUUUUUAUUAUAUUUAUUACACUGUGAUUCAUUCUCAUGAAACACAAACAAUUGUAUGUAGUUUUUUUUUUACUUUUUUUGAAGAUAAAAAGGAUCAUUGGGAACUGAAACAGUAUUGAUGAAAAUAAUCUGUGCUGCUGUUUUAUUGUUGCUGUAAAUAAGAGAUGAGAGACACGAUAAAUUACACAAUCAUUGAUUCAUUUAUAUAUUAUAUAAGUAUAUAAGUAAAUUCUUUGAGCCUAUGUGCUCUGAGUAAUAGGUUUUUAUAAGCUCAGAGUCUCUGCAUUGAACAUGAAUAUAUAACAUAACAUAACAUAUAAGUAACAUAUUUAUAUGUCAUACAUGCCAGUGUCCUGGGCAAUAAACUCUACAACCAAAUAUCGUGAAAUGAAAGAGCAAACCACAAAUAAACAAUCACAACAAGAUACUUGA